CAUCAACAUAAUAAUCCAGCCCUAAUACUGUGCUCUGAUGUCAGCAAAACAGACGGACCGUUUCAUCUAUCAUUAUAUCUGCAUUCAAGCCACGUUUGAUGUGUUGAGGUGAAGUCAUGCCACUGGUGAAGAGAAACAUCGAGCCCAGGCACCUGUGUAGAGGAGCUUUACCUGAGACCAUCAGCAAUGAGCUGGAGUGUGUGACCAACAACACUCUCUCUGCCAUCAUACGCCAACUUAGCAGCCUCAGUAAACAUGCAGAAGAUGUGUUUGGUGAGCUCUUUAAUGAAGCCAAUACAUUCUACCUUCGUGCCAAUUCUCUACAGGACCGUAUAGAUCGUCUUGCAGUCAAGGUCACUCAGUUGGACUCUAGUGUGGAGGAAGUUUCACUCCAGGAUAUUAAUAUGCGUAAAGCCUUUAAAAGCUCUACUGUUCAAGACCAGCAGGUGGUGACAAAGAGCAGCAUUCCAAACCCGAUCACAGAGAUGUACAACACCAGCGACAAACCACCACCUCUGAACAUACUCUCUGCUUACAGGGAUGACCAUAUUGAUGGAAUUAAGUUCUACACAGACCCCUCAUAUUUCUUUGAUUUGUGGAAGGAAAAAAUGCUUCAAGACACAGAGGACAAGAGAAAAGAGAAGAGAAAACAUAGGGAGCAGAAGCAGUCUGUUGAUGGUACAUUGCCCCGUGAGGUGAAAAAGGUUCGUAAGGCUCAUAACCGCAGACAAGAAUGGAACAUGAUGGCUUUUGAUAAGGAGCUGCGACCGGACCAUCGUCAUUAUCAUUCACUUCACAGAGGUGUAUCGUCUGAGGGCUCUCUGUCUCCAGACGGCAGAUCACAUGCAAACAACUACCCAGUCCAAGCAUGUCACGCUCAAGCACGGGCCAGCCAUGCUCAUGCACAGCCGCAUCCCUUCAUGACUGUGGAGACAGCAUCAUCUAGUGCAAAUGGAGGGGUAGAGCAUGAGUAUCACAGCAUCGGAGGGCCUGUGGGUACUGAUGUAGGUUACAGAGUGGGUGUACUCGCUCGAACACAUCCAACUCCUCCACAGUACCCACCCCCUGACACUGGAGUCAAUGGAGCCAUCACGCUUCCUCCAGCAGACUAUGGUAUGAUGGAGUAUUAUGCCACCUCAGGCCCGCCGCCCCCUCCAGUGGGUCCCAUCAUUCCAUCUGCACAGACGGCAUUUGCCUCAGCUCCAGCUACUCCUCAUCCUGGACCGAUCACGUCAGCCUUACAGUAUCCUCUUCCACCUGUGCCACCUCUUGAAGGUCCACCUGCUCCUCCAGCACCUCCUGUACCUCCUCAUCCUGUAGCACUUAGAGAGGGACAGAGACUAACUCUGCAGCCUGUCACAGACGCUCGCAGUGACCUGCUCUCAGCAAUACGCAUGGGUAUUCAACUAAAGAAAGUACAGGAGCAACAAGAGCAGCAAGCUAAAAGAGAGCCGGUGGGGAAUGAUGUGGCUACUAUACUCUCUCGCCGCAUUGCAGUGGAGUAUAGCGACUCAGAAGAUGACUCAGAAUUCGAUGAGAAUGAAUGGUCUGACUGAUUAUAGUCAACCACACACACAAGAGUAGAAAGAGACCUUCCUCUUAAGUAUGGAAGUACAUUCAUCUUCAGAUACCUACAUAUAGUUGAUCCUUGAGAAUGAUGUCAAUUUCUCAAAAUAUGUUUAGGUAAUAUAAAUCUUAAGAAACUAAAGCAGACUCUUAUGCACUCAAACCAGACAAAUGUUCAAGUUACAGUAAAGAGAUUUUCACAUAAAAUAUAGAUAUUAUAUAAAAAAUUAUAUUAAAAAUAUAUAUAUUACUUUCUAUCUUUAUAAGUGACACUGUAACAAACACUUGUGUAUUAUUCUCAGAUUCAUUAGCUGCUGUGGUUAAAUAACUAUAAGAGUAAGAAAGUGCAGUCAUUUGAACAAAUACCAGUUUGCAACAUAACAUUUUUGUAAAGCCAGAACAACUAGAAGCUGUUGAAAUUGAAAGUCUCGCACUUUCAAGUUAAAAAUGCAUACACUAAUGCCACAUACUUUAAAACUGUAUAUAAUCUAAUAUAUUAAUAUGCACUUUUUAAAGAUACAUAAGGUUCAGAGUUUCCCAUUUUAGGGCACUACCCCAGUGAUAAGCUGUUGUACAACUCACUACACUAUUGCGUUCAGCUGUUAAUAUGUUAACUUUGACAGCUCUAAUUGUCUUUUAAAUCUUGGUUUAUUCAUGUGACUUAAAGUCAAGUUCUUGAGUUAUUCUUAUGAUUCUUAAGAGACUGAUAUGAUUUUAGUUGUCUACAUGAAAUGUUAUAUGACUCUAGAGCUUAGUAUAUCUUUAAAAUAAUAAUAAUAAAUAAAUAAUACAAAUAUGUUUUGAAGAGGCAACUUUUCCAAUAAAUUGUUCUCAGAGUCAUCUCUUCAAAAUGUAGACUGGCUUCAUUUUUAACUAUGCCUCAGUUCACUUCAUUUAGUUAAGGAGUGAAUGUAUGGUUGUUAAAAUGACACAAGAAGAGGUCAGGAAAUGCAUUCUGGAUAUUGCCUAUUGAAGAUCUUGCUGAUUUAAGACCUAAAAACGUAGCGUUGUCUGAACACAAUGGUGGGGGAUUACAACCUUUUAAUGAUUCAAACCCACUGUCGGGUGCAUUGUAGGGCUCAUGAAUGGGACAAGUUAACAGACCACAAUAGUGGCAUUAGUGCUAAACUUUUACACAAUUCUAGACAUGUCACAUACUUCACAUAUUUUUGGUGUUGUACAUCUAGUUAUGAUGGAAGCUUUAUUAAAUUUUAUGCAUGUAUUUGAAAGGAGUCUCACAUUUUGCAAGCAUAGUUUUUACGUUGGUUGUGUUCAAGUUAGAUUUUUUACAUGUAGCUAUUUUUUAAUGGUCCCUCCUCACAUUAACAAAAGAAGAAAAUAAUUUGUUCAUUAAAUGUCUUAAAAGAAUGUCUGUUAAUCCUUGAGAGGGAAUUAAAUUAUACGGACUAAGACAAGCAACUCUAAAUCUAGCUGUUUAGGUUGAAUGAUGCGGUCAUCUGCAGUAUAAUUGAUUAAAAGCUGAGCAUUAUUGUGAUUACAUGGCAAAAUGAAAAACAGUCUGGUGAGCGGAUACAUUCCUUUCUUACAUUGUUUUGUUUACUGUCUGCAUCACACACACAGAGCACCUGGUGGUCUGUCUGUUUUUUUGUUUUGUUUAGUUUUUUCUUUCUGAGAACAUUCUUUCUCACACUCUGACUCUGUUGUUUUCAAGUAUUUGAAAUUGUUUUUUUUUUAGUGGAAUUAAAAACCCACAGCCUCAAAA